UGUGCGUAAUACUUGGCAUGCCUCAAAGCUCUAGAUUAACCCGGAUCUUCCUCAAGCUAUUGAUUUUAAGUCCAGAAUGGCAAGUGUCAAUGAAGCUAACUUUGCCAGGAUCAGUCAAAUAUCUUCUCAGCGUAGGUUAUUCUGUUUCUGAUGAGUUGGCUACUGGAACUGUAGAACUUAAAACUAUUAGCGAAUUGGUCGACUGCAUGGAGGAAGGACAUAUUUGGAUUGUUGCGACUGUAGUAAAUCUUCUACUGAAAAAGAAUGGUCAUAUUUGGGGUGCAAGAGAUGCUCGAAGAAGGUUGACAAAAUUGGAAGUAAAUUUUACUGCAAGAAAUGUGAUCGCCUUGAUAGUUCUGCUACUCAUAGGUACAAGCUUCGAGUGCAAGUAAUGGAUCACACUGAACCAAUAUUAAUAAUUGUGAUGUUCCAAUAUCGGCAAUUGUUG